GUCUCACCCUCGGCUGGGCUGAUUGGCUGUCUCAGCUAGCCCCCGCCCUCCCCACCACAGCGUCCCAGGUGGCUCAGGCCCCCGCGGUGAUCUCUGUUUACCGAGAAAGCCUGCCCAAGUGGGGCUCCAUCUCUGCACUCUCUCCCCUCUGAGGUUCCCGCCCACCUAGGAAGCGGAGAGAAACCAGGCUGAGCCAUUCCUCGCCCUCUUCCUCAUUGACUGGAGAGGUCAGAUGGCGAUGGCCCCUCCGCCCAUCGGAACCCCAGACGGGGGCUGGGGCUGGGUGGUGGCAGCUGCAGCCUUCACGGUGAACGGGCUCUCCUAUGGGCUGUUACGUUCCCUGGGCCUUGCCCUUCCUGAUCUCGCGGAGUACUUUGACCGAACCUCUCAGGACACAGCGUGGAUCAGCGCCCUGGCUCUAGCCGUGCAGCAGGCAGCCAGUGAGGAACCCCCACCCCGAGGCCCAGUGGGCAGCGCCCUGAGCACCCGCUGGGGAGCGCGCCCAGUGGUGAUGGUUGGGGGCAUCCUCACCUCGCUUGGUUUCGUCUUUUCGGCUUUCGCUGGCAGUCUGCUGCACCUCUACCUUGGCCUGGGCGUCCUCGUUGGCUCCGGCUGGGCCUUGGUGUUCGCCCCUGCCCUCGGAACCGUCUCGCGUUACUUCUCCCGCCGUCGAGUCUUGGCCGUGGGUCUGGCACUCACGGGCAACGGAGCCUCUUCACUGCUCCUGGCACCUGUCUUGCAGCUCCUCCUGGAUACUUUCGGCUGGCGGGGCGCCUUGCUCCUCCUUGGCGCCAUUACCCUCCACCUCACCCCCUGUGGUGCCCUGCUGCGACCCCUGGAACUCCCUGGCGACCCCCCAGCCCCACCCCGCGGGCCCCUAGCUGCCCUGGGCCUGGAUCUCUUUGCACACCGAGCCUUCUUAGUUUUUGCUCUGGGCACUGCCCUGAUUGCCGGCGGUUACUUCGUCCCCUACGUGCAUUUGGCUCCUCAUGCUUUGGACCGGGGCCUGGGAGGGUAUAGGGCCGCACUGGUGGUGGCGGUGGCUGCAGUGGCGGACGCAGGCGCCCGGCUAGUCUGCGGAUGGUUGGCAGACCAGGGCUGGGUGCCCCUCCCGCGACUGCUGGCGGUGUUUGGGGCUCUGACAGGGUUGGGGCUGCUGGCUGUGGGGCUGGUGCCAGUGGUGGGGAGUGAAGAGGGUUGGGGGGGCUCCCUGCUAGCUGUGGCUGGGGCCUACGGGCUGAGCUCUGGCUGCUACGCCACGCUGGUUUUCGGAGUGCUCCCGGGGCUAGUGGGCAUCGGAGGUGUUGUACAGGCCACAGGGCUGGUGAUGAUGCUGAUGAGCCUCGGUGGGCUUCUGGGCCCUCCACUGUCAGGCUUCCUAAGGGAUGAGACCGGAGAUUUCACCGCCUCCUUCCUCGUGUGCGGCUCUCUGGUCUUCUCUGGCAGCUUCAUCUACAUGGGGCUGCCUGGGACUGUGCCCUCCUGCAGUCCAGCCUCCCCUCCAGCCACCCCUCCCCCUGAAAGGGGGGAGUUGCUCCCCAUUCCUCAAGUUGCCCUGCUCUCCUCAGGGGCCCCUCACUCCACACAGGAAGCCACUUGUUGACCAUUUUCUUUUGGUGUAAGCCCCUCCCCCAAUAAAAAAAAUUUUCAGUUUUCCUGCAA